AACCAACAUGGCAGUCGUUUUGACAAGACACUUCGGAAGUAUUUUCUUGUAAACGCCGAGAAAAGCACUUGGAAAAGAAAAAUAAGUCCUUAAAAUGGCUAAAUCAAACCUCAGACAGGCGGAGAACACCAACGGAUCUAGCGAGGCAGUAGAUAUGCACAAAUUCUGCCUGAGCUGGUUGAAAAACCGGGAACUCGGGCGCAGGCGAGGGUGCGAGGCGAGUCGUGCUCAGAGUGAUUUUAUUGGUAGGGUCUACCCCACGUUACAGCGGAGACACUGGCCCGGUGCUCCUAUCGUGGAGGAGAGCAAGAGACCACACACACACGGAGCCGUCUUCAACCUAGAGUUCUCCCCAGAUGGGAAGGUUCUGGCUGCAGCAUGUGAACACACAGAUGUCCUCCUGUACGACCCACUGACCACCAGACAGUUCCACAAGAUGGAGAGGGCUCACCUGGACUGUGUCAACUGUAUCAGGUUCCUAGAUGCCAGGAUGUUUGCCACGUGUUCAGACGACUGCUCCGUUUCACUCUGGGAUCUACGCAACCUCAAGCAAAGCAUCUGCCAACUCAAGGGUCACACCAACUGGGUGAAAAACAUUGAGUACUCUCGGAAAAGUGGACUGCUGUUGACGUCGGGAUUUGAUGGAAGGGUUCUUACAUGGGAUAUUAACAAGUACAUGGAAGACGGGUGCUCCCACGAGCGGGUGUUCCACACCCAUGGGCUGAUGCGGACCCGGCUCACCCCCGACGGAUCCAAAAUGGUCAUGUCCACCGCCAUGGGCUACCUCAUCGUCAUCCACGACCUUGACCUCUCCAACAUGGCCGACGACCUCAAGUUCUUCAACGCCGCCAACUACAUGCGCUGGUACCACAUCGAGCAGGCGCCGAGCGUGGCGGGACAGGACGCGGACGGGGCGUACUUCCGGCUGGCGCGGAACCGGGUGGAGAUCGUGACUGACUUUGUGCCUGCGGAGAACUACUGGUACAUCACGUCGCUGCAGGUCCACCCGCAGGGCUGGUGCUCGCUGUCCAGGUACACCAGCCCUGACGACGACUCUGAGUGGACAUGUGUACACGACCUGCAGGACUCUCCCAAACAGAAACCGGGCGUCACAAACGGACAAAAAAUGCCGCAGCACCAGACGCGGCCCCGCCUCACGCACUUCAUCGAAGAGGCCAACGUCGGCAGAGGCUUCAUCAAGGAGCUCUGCUUCAGUGACGACGGACGAUUGGUUUGUUCGCCGUUCGGGUACGGCGUGCGGCUUCUCGCCUUCGACCCCAAGUGUAGCGAACUCUGUGACUGCCACCCCGAGACACCCGUGCAGUUGUACGAAGUGAAAACAGUGGUGACGCACGCGGACACGGUUCUCACGACAAAGUUCUCCCCGAUUCACUGUAUGCUUGUCUCAGGCUGCCUGAGCGGGAAAAUAUGUUUCUACCAGCCGACCCUAUGAUGUCAGACUGAACAAUGGUGCAACACGGGUCGGAUCUACAUGUACCUUUAAUAGUGAUGUUAUUUUGCAAGGAAAAAUUACUUCUCGGGUUGUAAUCAAAUGAAUUUUGAGAAAAUUGCUCAAGUAGCAAUCGUUUUAGUCUGUAUAAAAAAUAAAAAAUAAAAACUUGUUUCAGUUUUACAAACCUGAGUGUCAGCUACAUACUGCUGGAAAUGUCAAAUAAGAUUUUUGUACAAUCUUGAAAUGGUUUUCCAAGUUAAAACAAAGUUGCCUGAAGUGGCACCAAGUGCUCUUUUGUACUGGUAACUAGAAUCAAGAAAAUUGUUGAAACAUAUGCUGCUCUACAAUCAACUUAGAAUUUUCAGCAGGUACAUGUACUACAAAUUGACCUGAAUUUGUAUGGUAGUUUAGUUCAUUGACGGCUGUUUUGGAGCCUGAUUGAAUUAGAGACUUCUGUAGGCAGAAACGUUCAGAAUAUUUCACCCACAAACAAGAGUUGAUUUCAGACCAAUCAGUACUUUUGUAUUAUAUAUAAAGCACUACCAGAACUGCCAAAACCAAGUGAAAUAACAAUCAUUAUUGGUCCACAAAUACAGACUAUUACUUAGUAUGCCAUGCCAUACAAAUUAAGGACAGCAUCACUGGUCCACAAUUGGUAAUGUCACCCUUUAGCAGAGCGUACUGCGCCUGCACGAAACCCAUUAUGCACUUGGCAUAGCACUUCAGCAGAACGUCUCAUUUAAGAUUGUAUUUAAGGAUAACAUCCUGUCUAUAGUUUUCAAAUGUUGGGUCGGAAAAGAUGUGGUCUGCAACAGGCAAAAUUCUGAUGCAACGAGAAUUUAUACCUCUUUUUACAAGGUUGGUUGUCUUUUGACUUCAUGAUGGGGUUAUGUUGACCUGGACAUGUGGGAAUUCACAAUUUGCUAAAACUUUGUAACUUAAAGGUUUAAAAUACUUGUAGUCUUUUGUAAAGGACUUCAAUGUUACAUUUACUGUUAUGGAGGUAGAAGAACCUUGGAAGUGUUGUGGGUUUGAAAAUGACAUUCGAAAUGAAAAUGUCCAAAUAAAGAACUCACAUGAUUUUUCAUGACAUGAGCAGAACUCGCCCUUUUUGUAUGGAGGCCCUCUUGACUCUUGUAAUGUUAUUUUUUAGUCAGAAUAGCCACAGCUACACAGACCCCAAAAUGAACUACAGUACAACGUGUAUGUACCACUCAGGUUCCUAUGAUGGUAUCAUUGAUUUCCUGUAAAAAUCUGAAAGCCAAGUAAUCAAAUUACAUGUACCAGGAGUCUAAAAUUAGGAUAGUCAAGAAUGACAAUCCUGCAUCUCCUAAUGAAAUCUCUACUCAGUCUCUACGGACCACAGCAGUUUCUCUUAAGUUGUGACGUAGU